GUAAACCAUUUUGCAACCUAACUACACAUUGUAUUUAGGAAUGAUUGGUCUUAACAUUAAUAGGUGUGGACUUGUAUACCUUCGUAGGACUUCAUCGACCUAUGUAACGUGCGGAACAAGAAAGCAUCAACUACUCCAGUCAUGUGUAAAGCGUAGAUGCACAAAUUUAAAGUAUAUAAACACUAAUAGAGUUGCUAAGCAACUGGGAGAUCAUAACAAUACAUGGAAUGCUUCUAAAAAAAUAGAAGACCAUGCAGUAUCAGGCCUAUAUGGUAAUGCUUCUGCAUUCCAUACACAUGGAUCAAGUAACGGGGCGAAAGGAAACUGGUUCUUACUGAUGAGACAUGGAGGAGAACGAGCAGUUGCAAUUUGGUUAUUAGCAUCCGCGGGAAUGACGGCAGGAGUGAUGGCAAUGGGAGCCUACGUAAGACUGAGAGAAAGCGGUUUGUCCAUGCUAGACUGGCAUCUUCUUGGGAAGUAUUUACCUAAAGAUGAAGAGGAAUGGAUGGAAGAAUUUAAUAAAUAUAAAACAACUCCGGAGUAUCAACAGGUACAUUUUGGUAUCGAUCUAGAUGAUUACAAAAAUAUAUUCAUAAAUGAGUGGCUACAUCGCAUGAUGGGAAGAACAUCAGGUCUGUUCUUUGGCGCAGGCGCACUCUAUCUUGCGUUGCGAAGGCAACUUGGACCUGGAGGUUACUUUAUCACCCUGGUUGUCUCUGCUCUUGGAUUAGGACAAGCUUUUGUAGGUAAAUGGAUGGUAGAUAGCGGUUUCAAAGAACUUCAAACUGAAAAUAGAACUCCAAGGGUAUCACCGUACAGGCUAUGUAUACAUUUUUCAAACGCUCUGGCGAUGUAUUCAAUUUGUUUCUGGAACGGAUUUAAGAUUAUUAAAUCUCAACCCCUAUUAGCUCCAGCACCAGCCCUCCUUAAAGUACGCAGAAUGGCCAUGAUCACAUUAAGCUCAAUGUUUUGCACCAUGGUAUACGGAACUUUGGUUGCGGGUAAUGACGCAGGACUAGCGUACAAUACUUGGCCAAAAAUGAUGGACACAUUUAUACCAAACGACUACGCAGAGGUUAACAGUGCAAAACAUCUGUUUGAAAAAACGGGUGUUAUCCAGUUUAAUCAUAGAUGCCUGGGAUAUAUAACCUUCCUUAUGAGUCUUGCAACCUACUAUAAAGCGAGGUCGCCCGGUGUACCGCGUGCCGUAAGGAGCCUUGCAAUGGGUGUGACGCACGCAGCUGUCCUCCAGAUUGUAAUAGGCGUUAUCACAGUCCUCAAAACUGUACCUCUCCAUGGAGCUAUGGCGCACCACACCAAUGCUAUGGUACUCUGGUCUAUGCUAUUGAUGCUCUUGGUAAGGCUGAGGUGAACGCUCCUUUCAAUGAUGCCUAGAGCACUGGGAAUGUCUCACGUUAUUAUAACCAUCUGUGAGACAUCCUGAAUAAAAAUGCCGACACAAUCUACAGUGUUACUUUGACUUAAAGAAGCUUGUAAUAGAUGCCGUACCUUUGAUGACAGGAAGCCUACGUUUCUUCUGCGUAUUGGCGCCAGAUGACAUGCGUGAUGAUAAAGGCGUUCCAUGUUGC